AUUACUAGAGAAAAUAGCAGUUGGUUGAAAUUAAUACUAUUCGAUAGCUUGUUAAAAGUGUUCAGCUAAAUUAAUUUGAAGUGUUAAGCAUAUUUAUGUGUUAAAUAAUCGUCAUGAAACAGCUAAGAAUCUAUGGCCUUCGAGUGAGAAAAUGUGGCCUCAUUCAAAUGUUUGGCAAAACUGUUUAUUUCAAUCAAGGCUUCUGCAAAAACAUGUAUCGCAAAACUAGUUUAUUUCAAUCAAGGCUUCUGCAAAAGCAUCAAAUUUUAUAUAAAUAAUUGUAUUUAUGUUUUAAGCAAAAAAUUCACUACAAAAUGAAAGAUUUUCUUUUGUUUAAUUUAAAAAAUAAAAGAAGAUAAUUAGAGGAAUUGAUUACAAAUAUGGGUAGAGAUAAUCUAGAUAAACAAAUUGUCAUUGCGAUGAAAUGCUUGGCAUUCUCCUUUAGCUGUCUUUUUUGGCUGAGUGGAUUGGCUUUAAUAAUUGUUGGUGGAAUAAUCAAAAAUAAUUAUGGAGAUUACUUCAAAUAUGCUGACAACAAGUUCAUGACUACUCCAGUGUUUAUUAUUGUUAUUGGUGUCAUUGUUUUUAUUAUAGGAUUUUUGGGCUGUUUUGGUGCAAUUAAGGAAAACUCUUAUGCAAUGUCAUCAUUUUUUAUGGUGAUUGUAAUUAUAUUUAUUCUAGAAAUAAUUGUUGGCAUUUUGGCAUUUGUCUACACAAGCAAAGUUGAAAAUUUCGCUGAUGACGCAUUAAAAAGAGCAGUGGAAGAUGUUUCUGAUGAGGACGAUCCUCUAGCUAAAGAACUUCUUGAUUGGAUGCAAAAUAAGUUCAGGUGUUGUGGCGUGUUAGGACCUUUUGACUUUAACAAUGUUACAGAUUCAAAUUUCACAUGUGGGUUUGAUAAAGGACUUAAGUCAUGCCAUCGAAAACAUGAUUGCAAAAAAACUCUUUACAGUGUUGGAUGCAAGUUAAAGUUUUCUGAUUUCAUUAAGCAAAAUUUGAUUGUUGUUGGAAGUAUUUCAUUUGGCAUUUCUACAAUAAAGUUUUUUGGAAUUGUUUGCGUAUGUGGAUUAAUGAAAGUUAUAUCAUUAAGAAAUGAAUAUGUAUAAUACAAAAUGUUUAAAUAAAGUUGCUGUAAAAAUAAGAUAAGAUGUGUUUAUAAGAUUAUAUGCAUAUUUAAUA